CUAUUAUUAUAAAUGCAGGUACCUGUCAUUAUUCACCAAAACGUAUUUAAACAUACAUGUUUAUAGUCUAGCACUUUGAUUAUCAUACGAUUGUUUUCGAUUAAUAAAGAAUAUUGGCACUAAAUGAGCUCGUGGAGCAUAUUGAAAACAUUACAAAUAUGAUGUUAUAGUAAAUACAAGUAUUCUGCUGUAGUAUCUACCAUCCAUUCGUGCAAACACGGCUUUCAAACUGAAUAAAGAAAACAGGUCUUGGUUACCAGAGAUAAGGGUCAACAGAAUGGACUUGGAAGAUCGGAGGAUUCGUCAUGAUACACCAAAAAUUAAAUGUCAUGAAAGAAAAAACAAACGUAAAGGAAUGGUGUACCAUUGGAAGACCAAAGGAAAAACUAAGUGUCCGAACAAAGAGACGACAAAAAUCCAAAAACCUGCUCAGAUCAACCCCCUAAUGACAGUGCUGAUGAGUUCCCGACCUCAACUCGACCAAACAACGGUUCUUGAGAACACUUGCACUGAAAGAAUGCCGCUGACAGCGUAUAGAACUGUGGUUCUGGAACUUCCUGAAAAUUUGCAAUACAAGCCGGCCGUAAAGAAGCCAAUUCCUUCUUGUAAAUCGACUCGCAAAUGUAUUGUGCCUGAUUUUAACAAAUUGAAACUGAACUUGAGAUGGAUCUUAAGAAACAAUAAAGAUACGAUACGAUGCAGAUCAUACUAUGUGGGAAAAAGUGAACGUUAUUACUACACACACGAUUUUUUUACUCCAAUAGUUUUAUAUUGAUAAAUCAGUUUUUUUUUUCCUUUUUUUUCUGAAUCCGCUUUGUACAGCGAAUUCAUAUGGCAAAUUCUCUAGUAAAACACAAUAAAACAUAAUGGUUAUUAUUAUUAUAUACUUUUUGGCUUUCGUUUAAUUUAAAAAUCUCCCUCACCCCAUCGUAACAUAACAGGUAGGCGGAUCCCUAACAUGGCCAAUAUUUUACACCGACUGGUAUAUACGUAUAGAAAAGAUAUAUACCAUUAUAAUAUGCGUUCAAGAGGCGCCAGUUUGGCGAUGGUUUUGUCUGGAACAGCGAUGUGAUGGAAUCUAGAGGCUUGGCUAUCCGACAACAUUACAUACACAUGGGUAUCUGUGUGCGUGCGCGCGCGCGCGUGUGUGUAUGUAUGUGAACCGUGGAUGAUGAGACGCAGAGGGAUGUUUUCGUGCACUUGUGGCUAGUGGUGUGGGUGAGUGAAGAGUAUAAAUCUGUUUGUGUGCGCUUGUGUGGAUGUGUAGGUGUGCUUGUGUGUGUGUAUGUGUGUGUGUGCCCUGUCGUUUCAAGGUCGGUUAGUCUUCG